AUGGCGUUCCGCCAGGAGUGCUGCGCCGGGCAGCUCGUCGGGUUCUUUGUCGUCGCGGUCGGCGAGCCGGCGCCGGCGCCAUCGUCGUCGUCGUCGUCGUCGUCGGCCUCGACCUCGACCUCGGCCGCCAACCUCACCAUCGCCACCUCGACCGCGCCUCUCGCCGCCGCUCCACCAUCCCCCACCACCACCUCCUCCACCACCACCAAGCCGCCCACCGCGCACGCGCCCAAGCGGCACCCGCUCGCGCUCCGCCCCGCCCAGUACACCAAGCACUGGUCGACCCUGCACAACUUUGACUAUGCGCUCCCGGCGCUCGCGAGGCUCGCGUCGGCCGUCGAGCGCUGGAGCGACGGGGUCGAGAGGGCCGUGAGGGGGACGUGCGAGGGCGAGGGCGAGGAUGGGGAGGGCGAGGGGACGGGGCGCGAGAGGACGGGGCGCGAGGGAGAGGGGCGCGAGGGGGCGGGCGAGGGAGAGGGCGAGGGAGAGGGAGCGGCAGCGGGACAAGGCGCGCAAGCGGAGGACAAGGAGCGGGCGUGGAGGGCGCGCUACGAGCGCGAGGUGGCGCGCGAGCUCAGCGUCGACAACCCGCCACUCCCCUCUAGCGUCGCCGGCGCCGUGGUUGGGCAGGCGAGCGGCGUCGCCGGCGAGAAGCGGCCGGCCGAGGGCGCGUCGGGCGCAGCAGCAGGAGGAGGGGGAGGUGCCGCGGGAUCGGGCCCUGGCGCAGGAGCGGGAGCGGGCGCGCGGGCAGGCGAGGCGCCCAAGGUCAACGUGCUCGCGCCGAGGAAGAAGAAGAAGAAGGUCGAGGGCGCGGCCGAGUCCGAGAGAUGCUCUGGCUCGUCUUGCGGCCGUCGCACGGCGUGCGGCUGGGCGCGCCCGUCCGGCUCGACGGGGCUUGCCGCGUCGAGGGCGCGCGACGUGCGACGCGAGGGGCCCGCCUUUCGGGCCAGGCUCGUGCCCCUGUUCGUGCGAGAGAGCCGCUCGGGCCUGUCGCGCCUGCGGCACGGUCGCCUCGCGUCCGCCGACGUCGUCGCCGCGUCGCGCUCAACGACCGGUCGCUCGCUCGCUCGUCGUCGUCAGGGUUCACGGGACUCACUCUCGCCCCGCCCUGCCGCCCGCUCACCCGCUCAAGCCGGCGCGCACCACCUCUGCGCCCUCGCGGAGCCUGACGCCCUCGCGAAACAGGGCCUGGGCGCGCUCGCUCGCGCGGUCGAGACUACACCUCUCGCCAUGGCCCAGCACUCUGUCGAGGUCGGCCCGCCAGUCCCCGCAGGCCAGUCCAAGCCCCGCCGGUACCACAAGACGGCCGACAAGCUCUACACGGCGCCCAACUCUGAAACCCGCGUCCUCGCCGAUGUCCUCGCCCGCACGAUCCGCCAGAAGCCCGACGGACUCGCCCUCGGCUGGCGCGACACGAUCAAGGUCCACACCGAGAUGCGCGACGUCAAAAAAGUCGUCGACGGCGACGAGGUGACCGAGAAGAAGCAGUGGACGACGUACGAGCUGUCCGACUACCGCUACCAGACGUACGCCGAGCUCGGCACCCUCGUCGAGCAGGUCGCGGCGGGCCUCGUCAAGACGGGCCACUCGAGCUCGACCAUCUUCAACAUCUACGGCUCGACGUCGGCCCACUGGCUCACGAUCGCCAACGCGUGUGCCCGCCAGGGCAUCACGUUCGCGACCGCGUACGACUCGCUCGGCCAGGAGGGCCUGCGCCACUCGAUCCAGGAGCCCGAGGUGUACGGCCUGUUCACCAACGCGCCCCUCCUCGGCACCCUCGCCGCCGUCGUCGCCGACACGCCCUCGCUCAAGGUCCUCGUGUGGGACGGCAAGCCCGACGACGUGCCCGCCGGCGCCCUCGACAAGAUCCGCAACGCCGGCGUCGACGUCCACUCGUGGGACGACCUCGUCGCGCUCGGAGCUGCGAACCCGGUCGCGCCGAGCCUGCCGCAGCCCGAGGACGUCGCGUGCCUCAUGUACACGUCGGGCUCGACCGGCGCGCCCAAGGCCGUCGAGAUCACGAACCAGCAGGUCGUCGCCGUCAUCGGCGGCGUGCUCGAGCUCGUGCAGGCCUUUAUCACGCCCGACGCGCGCUUCAUCGCCUACCUGCCCCUGAGCCACAUCUUUGAGCUCGCGGUCGAGUUCACCCUCCUGUCGGUCGGCAUCCUCAUCGGCUACUCGUCGCCCAAGACGCUGUCCGACACCAACAUGCGCGCGCCAUGCGUCGGCGACAUGCGCGCCCUCAGCCCGACCAUCAUGUGCGGCGUCCCGACCGUGUGGGAGACGAUCCGCAAAGGCCUUCUCGCCAAGGUCGAGGCCGGCGGCCGCGUCCGCUCGUCCCUGUUCCACGGCGCCGUCGCCGCCAAGAAGUACACGCACGGGAUCCCGCUCGUCGGCGGCCUCGUGCGCGGCGUCACCGACGCCGUCGUCUUCUCCAAGGUCAAGCAGGCGACGGGCGGCAAGCUGCGCUACGCCGUCAACGGCGGCGCCGGCGUCAGUCGCGACACGCAAGAGUUCCUCAUGCGCUGCCUGACCCCGACCUUCAUCCAGGGCUGGGGCCUCACCGAGACGACCGCCUUGCCUGGGGGCGAGUACAUUGCCCUCGAGCGCCUCGAGUCGAUCUACAAGUCGUGCGCGCUCGUGCUCAACAUUUGCGUGUAUGCGACGAGCAGUGCGUCGAAGCCCAUGGCGAUUGUCGUCCCCGCCGAGCCCGCCCUGCGCUCGUACCUCUCGUCAGCCUCGACGCCCGGCCUGCCCGCCAAGGACGCCGACUGGUCGACGAUCUGCAGCAGCAAGGAGGUGCGCAAGGCCGUGCUCGCCGAGAUGAACGCGACGGGCAAGAAGGCCGGCCUCAAGCCGCUCGAGACGCUCCAGACGGUCCUCCUCGCCGACGAAGAGUGGACGCCGCAGAACGGCUAUACCAGCGCCGCGCAAAAAUUGAACAGGAAAAACAUCCUGCACAAGUUUGAGGGCGACAUCAAGAAGGUCUAUCCGUGAGUGGCGGACGUCGAGGCAGUGCGGUAUUGUCUUCUGUAGAGUGCGAGGUAGUCUGUGCAUCGCCCGCUCGCUGUGCUCUUUG